AUGGCAAUGCUCUGCGGUUUCUUUGAGUGGCCUGAUGGAGAUGUAUCAAGACAACCUGAGAUCUACCGAAUGACAGUUCAUCUGUUUGGGGGCGUUUGGAGUCCAAGUUGUGCAAGUUUUGCUGUGAGACGCACUACUGAGGACCAUAGAGCUGACUUUAACCCCGAAACAAUAAGGACAAUCUUGGAAAAUCUGUAUGUGGAUGAUUGUUUGAAAUCUGUAGCCUCUGUAUCCAAAGCAAUUCAUCUCGUGAAGGAGUUGUGUGAACUGCUCCUGAGAGGAGGUUUCAAACUUACCAAGUGGAUCAGCAACUCCCGGGAAGUACUAGAUUCCAUCCCUGCAGAGAGAAGAGCAAAGGAGCUCAAGGACGUUGAUCUUGGAAGUAAUGUUCUUCCACAGGAGCGAGAGCGUUAG